UGCCAACGGUGCCAACUACUUCCGGAACGGAGAAUCGUCCAUUUUUCGGUACACGCGCGAUGGGUAAGGUACGAUAUAUUCUCGUAGAGCAACGUCGUAGCCGGCGUUCUCAUCACAGUGAUUUUCCAUUGUUGCUGUUGAUCCUGUUUAUCGUCGCACUAUGUUUUUCGGCCGAAAAAAUAUUGCAGUCAACGAAUUCCUAUUUGACGAUAGCUGAUAGAAUUCACUUAAAAAAGAUACUUGAACCCGGUUUAACUUCCAGUGAUGUGGCUAAUGUGUAUUAUUCUGUUCUUGGAUACAAGUUUCUUGGAGAAACCUUAUCAAACAAACGGGAUAUCUGUGAUUUUUUGACAAAAGCUAUAAAGGAUGACAAUGAUAUCACAGCAGAAAAAGCUUUCUACGUAGCUUCUACUUGGCAGGCAUUAGGAAAUUGUCAAAGCACUCCUCCACCUGACGUCAUAAAGGUGCUCACAAAUGUUGUAGAGAAGGAGACUUCCAGUAUGACAGAAUUGUAUUACGCAGUUAGAGGACUAACUGUUCUAUCUGAAAAGUUAUCACGUGAUAGGAUUGAUAAAGUCAUAAAAACAGUACAAAAUGCACUGCGAAAGGAUGACAGUUUAUGGAACCUGGGCUAUACGUUCCAUAUUGCCUCGGAUCUUGGAACAAGCGGUAUGUUCGCCUUCGAUCGCAUCGAGGACGCCAUUGUUCAGGCUGACGAAAUAAACGGCCAAUAUUUACAAUUCGAAGGUGGCCUCUCAGUAACUAGUCAUCUAGUGAACGGUAUUUUUAAACUUUCCAGCACACUCAAGAAGAGACCACCAUUGACGUCUCAGCAAAUAGUUAAAAUGGCGAAUUAUCUUCUAUCUCGACGUUCAGUGCAGACGCUGAGAGGUGUUACGAGUUUGCUGUCGGCUAUAACAACUUUGGCAAACAACGAGUUUGAGAAACCAGUGUGCAUAACGUUAGCUAAUGGAGAAAUCAGCAUUUCUUCUCAACAACCUCUAGUCACAGUAAAGGUUUGCGACAUACUGGGGAAUCCAUUAACCAGCACGUUCAAAGUGGUCGCUAAUGCAGCAGAGAGAGUCGGGGACGAUGCUACCGCACUCAAUAAACAAACUUUACAGCCGUCGUCAACGGACAAAACGUUGUUCACUCUUAAUUUCAUGGAAACAAAACCGGAACGUGGAUUUUAUAAGAUAACAGUUACAGCGGGGUCGGUGACUAAUACUGUUACGGUAAAAGUUCUUUCCGAAGUAGUGGUUGAUCACUUGGAAAUCGGUACCGCUGAUGCUGAUCAGACCACUCAGCCAAAGCUUACACGGGUGACUUUCCCGGAAAAAUUAUCGCAGAAGAUCGAAGCUGACUCCCAACAGAAAGUAGUUAUGCGAUUUUUGCUUAAGGAUGGUGCUACUAAAAAGCCUAUACGUACGCAUCAAGCAUUCGUUCGGCUCUCUUCUGCGUCUGCUUCGAACGGUGAUAAAAAAGGACGUGAAAUUAUUUUCGUCGCUGAACCAGAUGCGUCGUAUCUUUAUAGAUUCGAUAUGCCGGUGGGACCUGGAGCAGCGAAUUUUGAUUACCAAAGCGGAGACUAUAAUGUAGAAUUGAUCGUGGGCGAUGCAGUAUUGAGCAAUCCUUUCCAGUGGACACUGGCGACGAUUGCUUUAAAAUUCCCUGAGGCGCCCGCGUCCGACCGGGCAGAUAAGGGUGUUCUUUAUAAAUCCAGCGUUUAUACGACGAAACCAGAGAUAAAGCACAUGUUCCGUGAACCUGAGAAAAGACCACCGGUUUACGUCUCGAACCUAUUUACCGGAUUGUGCUUGGCGCCAGUUCUCUUAUUACUCGUAUUAUGGGCAAGACUCGGAGUAAAUAUAUCGAACUUUCCAUUUUCACUUAGCGCUAUCACGUUCCACCUUGGACUGGGAAGUAUCUUCGUGCUUCUCGGUAUCUUCUGGCUGAAGCUGAACAUGUUUGUUACUCUUCGAUGUCUUUUCGGGCUGGGUAUAGUCACAUUCCUCGCAGGCAAUAAAAUGUUAUCACAAAUAGCGCAAAAACAGAAAUUACGCUGAGUACGCUAUACUUUUCUAAGUUAUUCAACAAGAAAGCCAGAGAAAGAUAAGACUGGUGUUGUCAGAACGAAUAAAUCGUUUAAUUGAUAAUGAUGUACGAAUUUGUUGUCAUCACUAAAUAAUGUUUAUUGUUCUCGGUAUUAGUGAAAAUUUCGUUCGGUAUGAGCGACAGCAAUACUAUUUUCCAUCAUUAAAUUGUGGGUCUGCAUUUGUAACGAACUGUUGCGUACGAAUUUUAUUCGUUAAGGAUCAAAGAUCAAUGUAUAUGUGAUGCAAGAAUGCACAAGUACACAAAUUUUCCUCGAUCCUUUCUUUUUUGAUUACAUAUUCCUCAUUCCUAUUUAAUGUUCACGAGUUUGUGUACGUAAAUAUACCACUAAAAAUAAACAUGUAGUUCUCAAUGGUCAACUCGCAACAUGUGUGACAUAAUAAAGACAAUUUUUAAUACGA